GUGGGUUGCCGGUGCCCCGGGCUGCUCUGCGGCCGGCGGCGGAGGGCUGACUGACUCCUCGCUCCUCUCACGGGUCCCAGUGACUGUCACAUGAGUUCCUCAAGGAUGAUGGACCCUAAGGUGCGAGAGACUGAAGGUGAUGGAGAGGACAGUUCAGGAAAGAAAAAAUCAAAGUUCAAAACUUUCAAAAAGUUUUUUGUUAAAAAGAAAAGGAAAGAACCAUCUUCUGGGAUCAGCAGCCUGAAGUUCUUCCAGUCAACAAGCAAUGUUGCAGCCUCACACAACUUGCACGUUAAUGAUGAUUCUGAAGAUGAACUCAAGACACAUAAAGGCAUUAUGGGAAGCAGGGCUUUGUCACAUGAUAGCAUUUUCAUCCCUGAGACUACGCAAGAGCCUGCAAGGCCAGUGAGAGUGUUUUCUCAAGAAAAUGUUUCUGAUCGGAUCAGAGCUUUACAGCUGAAACUCCAGCCUACCAUGAAAUUGGGACCUCCACCUCCAUUUGUACAUGCAAAACGAACAGAGGAUGCUGGGACCAGUUCUGAAGAUGAUGGAUUACCCAGGAGUCCUCCAGAAACAUCUUUGCUCUAUGAAAGCCUAAAUUCAGGCACAACACCACGAUUCUCUGACUCUCACAAGCACCUUAGCUCUUUGAGUUUAGCUGGAACAGGCAGUGAAGAAGAAGAACAGGUUCCAUUGGAUCAUUCUUCUAGAUCUCAUUCUACAGACAGUCAGCUGUUCCCUAGGCACAGAAGUACUAGAAUUGGAGCUCCCCAGAUGCCUGACAGUACCAUCUUGCCUGCAGCCAAUUUUGACACUCCACCUGAGCUUUCCUCUUGCUUGGAUAAUUCUGCUGCUAAACACAAGCUUUUAAUAAAACCCAGGAACCAGAGAUCCAGUAAAAUAAGAAGAUUUUCUCAGAGGACCCAGUCUGAAUCUCUGACUGAUUUGAGCUUUACCUUAGAAGAAGAGGAUGAUAAAAAAGAGAUGCAGGCAGACUUUCCAGAUGCUGUGUUCAAACUCAGCAAUCAAGAACUGCCAUGCAGCACAGCUGCAGCACAGGAUGUGGCUUCCUGGCCGAAGCCCAGAAUGCCUGAGGACCUUCUCCCUGCUUUGAGACCAGUGAUGAUUCAGCCUACUUCUGAGUCUGCUCUUGUACAGGAAGCCCUGCUACCAGAGAACAAACCAGAGGGCUGCCAGCCAGCUCUGGAAAUAACACAUGUGAAGUCUGAGUCCUCAUUGCUGUUAGAAGGCAAAGACUGCCCAAGUUGUUCCUACUCCAGUCCAGACAAAGAAGUACAAAAGCAAGAAGAGUUCUCAGAAACACCAGUUCUGUUGUCUGAGGAUGUGAGCAAUGUGUCAAGCAAUAUCUUAAAUCAAGAAGAUGAGGGACUUCCUACUGUGUUUUCAGCAAAUAAAAUACCAUCCAAAGAGGAUAUUUCAAUUAGUAUGAAUAGUAUUUGCUUGGAAGGGUCAGAAGAAAAUGUACAGAAGGAUUAUCAGAUACCUGUGGAAAUGCCCUGUAAUAAAGAGGCAAAGAAAGAGUUUGCUCUGUUGUCAGAGUCCAGCAAACAAUUUUCCAUAGGUUCUUCCCAGCCCAUGGACCCAUUCCAUGUUUCACAUCCUGCUUCCUCAACAUGGAUAGGAUCAUCUGCUUCCUGCUCUUUAGAGAAAACAAAGACUGCACAAGAGACAGAUGCUUCUGAUAAGGAAAACAGACGGUCACUGGUCCACAGGGAAGAACUUUUGGGGAAGAAAACUGAAAAAGCAUCAAAUGAACUCAAUGCUUUGAGAAAGUUUUCUGUUUCCUCUGCACGGGAGAGACCAAGGACCAGAAGCCUACACUUCCCAGAAAGAUCAGAGUUGGAAAGUCCAUUAAAUAGCGAGCUCUUCCUGUCCAAAGCAAAGGUCACCUCAAGAAAUGAGAAGUGGAAAGAAGACAUGCAAAAGGGAUCAGAUCUGGAGGAGGAAAAAAGUAGAAACAAAAAGCAGGUUUUGCUGCCAGGGUCUGACUCUGAGAACCCAGGCCAACCUACAGAAGUUUUGGCUGGCGGUGUUUUUCCGGCUGGUGAUGCAGUGCCGGUGCCAAGUGAUUCUUCGGUGGUAUCUCAGAAUCAGCAAAGCUGUGAGGAUAAAAGUCCUUUUCUAGUGAAACUUAGAUCCACUUCACUGUCCUUGAAAUACAAAGACAACUCCUCACCAGAAUCAAAAGGAAUUAAAAGAUACAGUGCAGAGUUUCAUUUAGAAAAUGAGGGAUUGACUUCCUUUCUAAAAAGUGAUAAGACACAGAUCAAAAAACCAAGCGAUAUGAAUGGCAGUGAUUCUUUAAAUGAAAAGAUCAAACCCAAAGCAAAGUCCUCUGAACAGCUUAGUAGCAAACCUCCAUUGCCUAAAAAGCCAACCUUGCAAAACAUAGCCCUUCCAAAUACUAGUGCAAACAAGGAGAAGCAGGACAAAGCUAUUCACUCUCCUGAAUCCAGAAAUGAAGAUAAAGACUCAGAGAAAAAGUCAAAUUUUGGUAAAGUGCCUGAGAGAAGCCUGCCUCCCCCCAUGGCUGCUGGAGACUCCAGAAGAGAUCCCAACAGUCCUACAGAGCCAGCUUGGAUUUCCAUAGCAAGACAGAAGCAGAGGGGCAUGCAGCAGGAGAAGGAACUUGACAGAGAAAAACCUGUGGCUCUGGAUAUUAAGUCCGACGCAGAGAAAGGGAAUAAAGAGAAGCAACAAGCAGAGGGGUCAGGGAAGCAGCAAUGGAGCAAACCUUCACACUUGGUACCUAAAAUCCCUUCUGAAGAACACAGGAAAGAGACAAAGUCUGAAGUGAAGGAGCCACUGCUGAGAACAAAUUCACUGUUACAUUAUGCCCCUGUGGCUCCGUCAGCAGCACAAGUGGAUAAAGAGGAAAUAAGCCACUUCAAGAAAGCCAGUACUGCAGCUCUGGAUCAGCCAUCAUGGAUGGAACUGGCCAAAAAGAAAUCACAAGCUUGGAGUGAUAUGCCACAGAUUAUAAAAUAGAACGAUGCAGAUAAAUAGCAUCUUUCAUAAUUAAGACAACUACUUAUCUGAACUUCUACAGACCUGCUAAUCACCGUGAAGAAUCUCUUGAUACAGGAGAAGGGUUUUAUUAUAUAGCUGUGGAAAAAGUGUGCAAUAGGUGC